AUGUCCAUGGUCGCUUAUCGCAUCAUUCCUGACUGGCUUGACGGGUCUCUGCUCUGUGCGCGUCUCUUCCUCAUCUCAGCCCUCCCAGACGGAACAACGCAGCUGCGCCUCCUAGCCGGGCGCGGGUUGGAGGAGCAGCACACUGUGGAGUUACCGGGUGUGCUUGUAUGGGAGACGGCCGAGCGCCAGAGGUUCCACCUGCAAACCCUCCUCCCUGCCGCCCGCCCUGCGUCUCGGGGGAAUGCGGCUGGUUUGUUUGGAUCGUCUGCUCGCCUUGCUGCACCGAAUGCUGCCUUCUCUUCCCCUGCGCCCGCGCCCUCGUCUUCUGCUGCCGCUGCUCCUCCUCCUCCUCCUGCUGCUUCUCCUGCUGCUUCUCCUGCUGCUGCUGCUUCCGCUGCUGCUGCUGCUGCUGCUGCUGCUGCUGCUCCGCCUGUUUCCCCUGCUGCUGCGGCGCGGUUGAAUCCCCUGCUGGCGCGCUACAUGGUAAACGCCCCUUCCAAUACCAGCAGCACGCUCGCCGGAGCUGCUGCUGCUGCUGCUGCUGCUGCUGGGAGUGCCAAUGUUGCUGCUGCUGGAAAUGCAACGGGAGCAGCCGAUAAUGGGGAGCAGCAGCAGCGGCAAGAGGAGCAGCGGCGGCAGCAGGAGGUUGGAGAUGCUCUGUUGGGCCGCCAGGGAGGCGGAUUCGAGGGAGGGGGGUUCGGGGGAGGGUGGAAGCGCGGAGGGGAUGGGGGGAUGGUGGAUGAGGUGAGUGGGCAGGUGAGACGGCUGCCUGUGCCAAAGUCAAGCUACAGCCGGGUGCCCUUGACCCGUGGAGACAAGGAGCGGGAGAGGCGGAGAGGGGCGGGGAAGAGGCGGGCGGGUGACGUGCGCGCGGGGGUGCAGGGAGGGGGGGAUGGGGCCGGGGGGAGCUUUGACGGAGUGGGUACUGGCGCAAAUAUAGGCGCGGGUGGGAUGGAGGCGGAUGGCAUGAAGGAGGAAGUUCUAGGGGCGGAGGGAGGAGGCGAGGGAAUGGAGGGGCAUGAAGGGUGGAUGAUGGAUGGAGAUGGGUGCGCGGAGGAGCGCGGGGAAGAGAGCAGAGGAGAAGGAAGGAAGGGGGUAGAGGGCAAAGGAGGAGGGGGAACGGGGGGUGCAGCAGAGGAGGUGCCUGCAUGGGCGUAUGGGUUGGAGGGGCUGUGGACGGGCGAGUAUGGGCCCCAUGGUGUGGAGAUUCUGAACGUGCUUGUACAGGGGGGAGAGAUCGUCGCGACUAAGAUCACAGGUACGCUGGAGGGGGGGAAGGGGGGGAAUGGGAGGUGCAGGUGCAGCAGAGGAGGUGCCUUCGGGCGAGCCCAAUGCGAUCCCAAUGUGCCGUGCGGCCAAGUGACCUUCGAGGCCCGCCUCGCCACAGCCCAAGGCCCACCCGACCCAUCAGAUCUUCCUCCCGCCGACAGCCUCCUGCCCCGUGGGCCCGGGGGAGCGCGUGCUGACCCGCUGGAUAAGUCUAUUGUCCCCUUUGUUGCCCUUCUUUCCCUUCCAGGCGAUCCCAACGUGCCUUGCGGGCAAGUGACCUUUAAAGCCCGCCUCACCACAGCCCAAGGCCCAUCUGACCCAUCAGAUCUUCCUCCUGCCGACUUCCUCCUGCCCCGUGGGCCCGGGGGAAUGCCUGUGUCGCUCACUCCCACCUGCGACCCCAACGUGCCCUGCGGCCAAGUGACCUUUAAAGCCCGCCUCACCACAGCCCAAGGCCCGCCCGACCCAUCAGACCUUCCUCCUGCCGACUUCCUCCUGCCCCGUGGGCCCGGGGGAAUGCCUGUACCCCUGCUGACCCUUUCGGACCCGCUUGUUCCCCCUUCCUUCCCUGCAGGCGAUCCGAACGUGCCCUGCGGCCAAGUGACCUUCAAAGCCCGCCUCACCACAGCCCAAGGCCCGCCUGACCCAUCAGACCUCCCACCCACAGACGGCCUCCUGCCCCGUGGGCCCGGGGGAAUGCCUGUGCCGCUCACUCCCACUCGCAGCAUCGUCAUCCCCCGUCCCACCAAUGCUGGUGAUGACUCUGCUGGCAGUGGCAGCAACACGGGCGCGGGCAGCAGCAGAGGGGGAGGAAGCAGUGAUACAAAUGGGAGUGAUACUGCAAUGGGGGAUAAUGAUGCCUGUGAUGAUGGUGACUGUGAUGGUGGUGACGUGGAUAGGGCAGCAGAGAGGGAGAGGGAGCGAGCAGAGGAGGUGCGGAGGGAGAUGGGAGAGAGGUGGCAGAGAGCGACGACUCUGGCCCGUGCUGUGAUGCACACGGAUCAUGAUGCGGGGGCAGAUGACGGCACGGAGGUGCAAUUCGUCUGGAUGUGCCAGGGCCAAGGCCGGGUGGCAGACUACAACUUCCGCCGCCCGCAGUGGGUGAACGGUUGUCUGCUAGUGGACUCUGCCGCCCGCAUCACCUUCCUCUGGCAGGACGUGCACUUUGCCAUCCGCUUCCGCCGUCUCGACCUGCCCAAGCUGGUUCACAGUGCUGCUUAG